UCUGUGCCCUGCCCGGGCCAGGGCUUCCCGCAGGAACUCGGCGCUCGCCACGGGGCUAAUGGAGGGAGGUGGCUCGUGGAGAAUUUUCUGGCUGGAAAUACGCUUCCUCUCUGGAAAAUAACUUUUUUCCAUUCCAUGCAGUACUCUUUUGCAACUGUAAGACCAGGCAACUGGCUUCCAGGGAGAACACUUUUUUUAAAAGCCUUUUCUUUUUUUUUUUUUUUCUUUUUCCCCCAACAACAUCUGAAAUGUCAUUGCAAUGAGCAAUUGUGCUGCGACGGGGAUGAAGCUGUGUGGUCUGGGAGGGGAGGAGGCGGGUUGCUACAGGAAUCCUCGUCGUGUCAAUAUUUUAUUUUUUUCUUUUCCAAUACGUUUUUGCCUUGGCAUUUUAAGUUUUGUCCAUGUUUUCUCAGGCACUGCCUGCUACUGAGGCGUCCAGCGAGGUAGCCUGGGGGCUCCCCCGGCGGAGGGCAGGAGCUCUUCUGGUCGGUGGGCAGCCUCCCCCUGCCCCUGCUCAGGGGGGGCUUAAUGGCAAAUUCUCACUUGUUUGUUCUUCCUGAGCCUGGGAAGGGUCCUGAGGCCGUGGCAGAAGGAGCUGAGCAGACCGGCAGACCUGUCUCCUGAAUGCUCGGCUCCCUGACCUGCGCGGGACAGCGGGGCUCUGGAGGGUGCUGCCAGUGGUGACGGUGCCGCAUGGCCGGGAGCUGUGGUCCCAAAGUGUCCUCAUCGUCAGAACUGAUGAGUCACUACAAACUGAUCAUUUAACUUGAUCAAGAGUCUUUCAGAGGAUUGAAGUUACUGGUCUGUAACUUCUUAAGUCUUCUGCCACCUUUUUUUUUCCUUUUUAUCAAGAGGUUGGCCAGCCUGGCUGAGACCACUUAGCGAUGACAAAACAAAAGCUUCUGCUUGAUGGGACGCUUUCCUUGUUUCUGAUCGUGGCCUGUGAGGCUCAGCAGCUCCCGAGGAGUCAUGUCGCUGCUAGCUCUGGUCCUCUGUGCGAGAAGGAGCCCGAGUCCUGGGGAAGCCUUUUCAGCAGCGAGCGGCUGGAUGCCUGGGUCUGUUCCCUCAUCGGUUCGCUCAUGGUGGGGCUGAGUGGGGUCUUCCCCUUGCUGGUGAUCCCAUUUGAGACGGGAGCCGCUCUGCGAUCAGAAGCUGGAUCACGCCGUUUGAAGCAGUUGCUGAGUUUUGCAAUUGGUGGACUGCUGGGGAACGUGUUCCUGCACCUGCUUCCCGAAGCCUGGGCCUACACAUGCAGCGCAACAACAGGAGAAGGGCAGAGCUUUCAGCAGCAGAAGCUUCUGGGCCUCUGGGUGAUCAUUGGUUUCCUGACCUUCCUGGUGCUAGAGAAGAUCUUCCUGGAGAAAGAGGAGGAGUGCCCCAGGGUGGGCUGUGAUGCCAAAGCACCAGCUGGAAAGAUUCCCAAUGGAAGUGGCUAUCCCCUGCGGAAGGUGGCAGGCCAGUCCCAAAAAGCAGGAACAAAUUCAACUCAGUGUAAUGGCUCUUCUCUCCACUCUUGUCCAACAGACAACAGAAUCAAGAUUAGCGGAUACCUCAAUCUGCUGGCCAACACCAUUGAUAACUUCACGCACGGCCUGGCAGUAGCAGCCAGCUUCCUGGUUAGCAGAAAGGUUGGUUUCCUAACCACAAUGGCCAUUCUCCUGCACGAAAUCCCACAUGAGGUUGGAGACUUUGCAAUCCUACUUCGGGCUGGCUUUGACCGCUGGAGUGCGGCCAAGAUGCAGCUUUCCACAGCUCUGGGGGGGAUUCUAGGAGCCUGCUUUGCAAUAUGUGCUCAAUCACCAAAAGGAGCAGGGGAAACAGUAGCCUGGAUCCUCCCUUUCACUUCUGGAGGAUUUCUGUAUAUUGCCUUGGUAAAUGUUGUGCCUGAUCUCCUGGAGGAAAAGAAUCCUUGGAACUCCCUGCAGCAGAUUCUGCUCCUGUGCACAGGCAUUACAGUCAUGGUGCUACUCUCGCUCACAACGGAGUGACCUCUGCGCAGACCUCAGGAUGCCUCCCAGAGCCUCCCCAGUGAUUCUAAGCUGUUACAAAGCAAUAAGGAACACUAAUGUUACUUCCUAUGUGCGUGCGUGCAGACCUGGCUGCUAGUGUGAGAAGCAGGUGAGAAAGAGAUCUGGGUGUGCAGGACUUCAUUCCCUGGCUCUCCUAUCCCUGGCUGUUCAACAACCACGUUACGUCUCUGGGACCUAGAGAUGACCUGCGUCGCAUUGUUUUGUAUAGUAAGGAAGCAGAGUAGAACUACUAAAUGGGAUCUUUUAUAGAUCAAUACAAUGUAAAGAUGUAAAAAAAUGAAAAACUAUAUAUGAAAAAAUACAUAGUGAUUUAUAUUGUUCCUUUCAAACAGAAGAUCUCAAGGCUUUUCUGUGUACUACAUGCAGAAGUAACUGCAGCUGUUUUAGAGCUGUAGGGAUGCAUUCCUGAAUUACUCUGUAAAAGGCUGAAAGAAUGUGUGCUCUCAAAAUGUAAAUUUAUAAAGGAGGCUGCCUGUAGACAACCUGCAACCGUUACCUUAGGAAGUUAACGUACAUUACGUUUUUCUGUUCUUCAGCAGAAAGGUAUGUUCUCUUAGUACAGUUCCCAACUCGCAUAACCCCUUUAUUGCCGUUAUAUUCCCAGAAUACAUAUACUCCAGAACCUUACCGUAAUUAUAUACGGUGACAUAUUUCUUUUCAUGGGUAGCAGAGUGAAAUGCAUCUCACCUGUUGGUCUGUAGGCUGUAGCAGAUCUGUUAACUGAGAAGCCACUGCCUAUGGGUUGUUUCACAGUGAGCUUCUCACUUCGCUGAGAGUACGCCACGUGUGAAUAACACUGCAGUCUCUUGCCAUGUUGCAUCUAAACUGUUGCAAUUCCACUACAUCUUCUCCCAGAAAAUACUAUGAAACAGUUAAUGAAAUGGAGAAUGGUAGUCGUCAUGGAAGGUGACCUUAUAUACUAGGAUGAACCUAGGCUUUUCAUUGCUUUCUUUUUUACCAAAUCCACUAGGUUCCACUCAGGGGUUUGUGUAUUUAUUUCUUUUUCAUGACUAUACAUGUGUGCAUGUACAAUUUGUGUAGAAACUCAAACUGGGAUGCACCUACUGUUAGGCUGCUCAUCUUCAGAAAUGCAGGAAUAGUUUUUUCCGUGCUAGUAUAUUAAGACGUACAGUCAUGAGCUGUUUUCUUGAUUGUUAUUACAGUGCCUGGCACACUGUUCCUAUAAUUAAUAUUAAUGAUUCCUAAUUUACACUCAGAACAUAGCCUCCGCUUUUCCUGCAACAGAAUAAUAAUUUAUUGAUUUGAUUUUGCUUGAAAUACCAUCCUAUUUCAAAGUCAUUUUUCCCUGAGAGAUCCAGGUGUGUGGUGGUGUGCAGACACAGAGACCCAGGCAUUUCAGUGUGUUAGCUGUUUGAGCAAUGGCUAAACUACUGGUUGUAAAAAGUUCUACAUCUGUGUGUGUGGCAUGUCCUGGGCUGCAAAGCUGAGGGAAGAUGCAGGAGAGUGCUGGGAGUGAAACCGAAUAGGAAGCCUCAUCUCAUUCCUUAUUUCACAGCUCCAUACUAAAUAGCACUGCUUUCACAUUUUAGGAACAGCUUCUUACUACAUGAGCCAUGUGAGAAAUAUGUUACCUAAUUUAGAAAGUAGUAAAGCUCUUCUAAGUACUGUGAAAGUGAUGAUUAAUGCAAUAGUUGUAGCCAGCCUUUUCAAUGCUCAGUAAAGCUUCUUUCUUCCCCUGCUGUUCAGAGUAGAAAAGAAGUCGGCAGGACUGAGAGCCGUAGGAGGGCUGGUCACAGUGAACGGUGUCCAUGCAGGCUGCUCCUCCCUCCUUUAACUAUUCUAUAGCUGCGUUAAUCCCCACCUUUAGCAGGCUGCUGAGAUGAUAUAUGGCAUUGAAAAACACUGAAAGGAACAGCUGCAGUUAGAGGCAUGCUUGAUUCUAAGAAAUGAUGGAAGCUUUUAGUAAAAUGGGUGGUAAGACAGUGCUGCUGAGAGCAGCAUUAACAUCCUCGGUGUGUAUGGCCCCUGCCCAGUCUGCUGUCAUGGCUGCGGGGAGUAAGGUCACAGUACAGGAUAAGCAUUCUUCCAUGUAGCUGAAUUAGUUCUAGUCCUGCAGAUUAAGAAGGAAAUAGGCUAUGCAGCAACAGGGAAAAUAAACUGAAGUCUUGUCCAAGAUCCCUGCUUGUUCUAAGUACAAAACUUUGUAAGUGUAUUUCUUACACCUGGAGGCGUUAAACAAAAAGUGUUAGAACAACAAGUGUAUACAUAAAACUAUGUUAUUUGGCUCUGUUUUCCUCGAUCAACUCAAGUGGUGCAAUUUUAUACUACUCCUUGAACGACUCCUGUAUGUGCAUGUGUGAUUUAAUAUUAAUAUAUUUCUGUAGUGCAUUAAACACUUCCAUUCAUUUAUCCCCCA